GGCGGCGGCUGCUCUUGCCCUCCCGCUCUCCCUCUCGCGUCUCCCGCUGCAGGUGGAAGACAAGCCAGCCAAGAUGGACAUCUACGACACUCAGACCUUGGGAGUUGUGGUCUUUGGCGGGUUUAUGGUUGUUUCUGCCAUCGGCAUCUUCCUGGUGUCAACCUUCUCCAUGAAGGAGACAUCGUAUGAAGAAGCUCUUGCCAACCAGCGCAAGGAGAUGGCAAAAACUCACCACCAGAAAGGAGAGAAGAAAAAGAAGGAAAAAAACGUGGAGAAGAAAGGAAAGACCAAGAAAAAGGAAGAUAAACCUAAUGGGAAGAUACCUGAGCAUGAUCUGGAUCCCAACGUGACCAUCAUCCUCAAGGACCCAGUGCGUGUACCUGCUGUGGCUGUGGCUCCAACUUCAGUACACUCCUCUGUGGCUCAUACCCCUGUAGCCACAGUAUCAGCCAUGCCUCAGGAAAAGCUGGCUUCCUCCCCUAAGGACAAAAAGAAGAAGGAGAAAAAAGUGGCAAAGGUGGAGCCAGCAGUCAGUUCUGUUGUGAAUUCCAUCCAGGUUCUUGCUUCAAAGUCGGCCAUCUUGGAAGCCACACCCAAGGAGGUGCCUAUGGUGGCUGUGCCUCCAGUAGGCUCUAAGGCCAAUGCUCCUGCCACCAGCAGUCAGGGCAAGAAGGGGGAGGGAGCACAGAACCAAGCUAAGAAGGGGGAGGGGGCCCAGAACCAGGCCAAGAAGGGGGAGGGGGCCAAGAAAGGGGAGGGGACCCAGAACCAAGCUAAGAAGGGGGAGGGGGCCCAGAACCAAGCUAAGAAGGGGGAGGGGACCCAGAACCAAGCUAAGAAGGGGGAGGGAGCCCAGAACCAAGCUAAGAAGGGGGAGGGGGCCCAGAACCAAGCUAAGAAGGGGGAGGGGGCCCAGAACCAAGCUAAGAAGGGGGAGGGCGCCCAGAACCAAGCUAAGAAGGGGGAGGGCGCCCAGAACCAGGCCAAGAAGGGGGAGGGCGCCCAGAACCAGGCUAAGAAGGGGGAGGGGGCCCAGAACCAAGCUAAGAAGGGGGAGGGGGCCCAGAACCAAGCUAAGAAGGGGGAGGGCGCCCAGAACCAAGCUAAGAAGGGGGAGGGGCCCCAGAACCAGGCCAAGAAGGGGGAGGGGGCCCAGAACCAGGCCAAGAAGGGGGAGGGCGCCCAGAACCAGGCCAAGAAGGGGGAGGGCGCCCAGAACCAAACUAAGAAGGGGGAGGGCGCCCAGAACCAAGCCAAGAAGGGGGAGGGCGCCCAGAACCAAGCCAAGAAGGGGGAGGGGGCCCAGAACCAAGCUAAGAAGGGGGAGGGGGCCCAGAACCAAGCUAAGAAGGGAGAGGGGGCCCAGAACCAAGCUAAGAAGGGGGAGGAUGGCCAGAACCAGGCCAAGAAAGGAGAAGGGGCUCAGAACCAGGCCAAGAAAGGGGUAGAAGGGGCCCAAACUCAGGGCAAAAAGGGGGAAACAAACCAAAACCAGGCCAAGAAGGGGGAGGGGGUUCAGAACCAGGCCAAGAAAGGGGAAGCAACUCAAAACCAGGGCAAAAAAAUGGAAGCAGCCCAGAACCAAGGCAAGAAGGCAGAGGGAACCUCAAACCAAGGCAAGAAGGGAGAAGGGACACAAAACCAGGUCAAAAAAGUAGAAGGAUCUCCUAACCAGGGCAAGAAAGGAGAUGGGUCUCCCAACCAAAGCACAAAAGUAGAGGGCAGAAAAGCAGAAGGAACCCCAAGCCAGGGCAAGAAGAUGGAGGGGUCCCAGAACCAGGGUAAAAAGGGGGAAGGGGACCAAAACCAGGGCAAAAAGGCAGAGGGGGUCCAAAGUCAGGGCAAGAAAGGGGAGGGGACCCAGAAUCAGAGCCACAAGGGGGAUGGAAGUCCCAACCAGAGCAGAAAGACAGACGCAGCUGCCAUUCAGGGCGGCUCAAACCAGGGGAAAAAGGCAGAAGGAGCCCCAAACCAAGGCAGAAAGGUAGAAGGGUCCCCCAACCAGGGCAAAAAGACAGAUACAGCUUCCAGUCAGGGUAAAAAGUCAGAGUCGGCUCCUGCCCAGGCUAAAAAUGCAGGACUGGUCCAGAGCCAGGAGGCACCAAAGCAAGAGGCGCCUACAAAGAAGAAGUCUGGUUCAAAGAAAAAAGGCGAGCCUGGCACCCCAGAUUGUGACAGCCCUCUCUUCCUGCCUUACAAGACACUGGUCUCCACAGUUGGAAGCAUGGUGUUCAAUGAGGGUGAGGCCCAACGGCUUAUUGAGAUCCUCUCUGAGAAGACUGGAGUCAUUCAGGACACCUGGCAUAAGGCCACUCAGAAGGGCGACCCCGUAGCAAUUCUGAAACGCCAGCUGGAAGAGAAAGAAAAGCUACUGGCCGCAGAACAAGAGGAUGCGGCUGUGGCCAAGAGCAAACUGAGGGAACUCAACAAGGAGAUGGCUUCAGAGAAGGCCAAGGCUGCAGCUGGAGAGGCCAAGGUGAAGAAGCAGCUGGUAGCCCGGGAACAGGAGAUUGCAGCUGUGCAGGCACGCAUGCAGGCCAGCUACCGGGACCAUGUGAAGGAGGUGCAGCAGCUGCAGGGCAAGAUCCGGACUCUUCAGGAGCAACUGGAGAAUGGCCCUAACACCCAGCUGGCCCGUCUACAGCAGGAGAAUUCCAUCUUGAGGGAUGCCUUGAACCAGGCCACCAGCCAGGUGGAAAGCAAGCAGAACACAGAGCUGGCAAAGCUCCGACAGGAGCUCAGCAAGGUCAACAAGGAGCUAGUGGAGAAGUCGGAGGCCUCCCGGCAGGAGGAGCAACAGCGGAAAGCUCUGGAAGCCAAGGCGGCCACCUUCGAGAAGCAGGUCCUACAGCUGCAGGCAUCCCACAAAGAGAGUGAGGAGGCUCUGCAGAAGCGCCUUGAGGAGGUCACCCGGGAGCUGUGUCGAGCACAGACUAGCCAUGCCAGUCUCAGGGCGGAUGCUGAGAAGGCCCAAGAACAGCAGCAGCGGGUGGCGGAGUUGCACAGCAAAUUACAAUCCUCUGAGGCGGAGGUAAAAGGCAAGUGUGAGGAGCUGAGCAGUCUCCAGGGACAGCUCCAGGAGGCCAGGGCGGAGAAUGCACAGCUCUCAGAGAGGAUCCACUCCAUCGAGACCCUCCUGGAAGCAGGCCAGGCCCAAGACACCCAGGCCAGCCAAGCUGAGGCCACCCAGCAGCAGACCCGUCUCAAGGAGCUGGAGUCACAGGUGUCGAGUCUGGAGAGGGAGACAAGUGAGCUCAAGGAGGCUAUGGAGCAACAGAAGGGGAAGAACAAUGACCUCCGAGAAAAGAACUGGAAGGCCAUGGAGGCACUGGCCUUAGCAGAGCGGGCCUGUGAGGAGAAGCUGCGCUCCCUGACCCAGGCCAAGGAGGAGUCAGAAAAGCAGCUCCAUUUGGCUGAGGCCCAGACCAAGGAGGUCCUGCUGGCCUUGCUUCCGGAGCUUUCCAUCCCAGCACACCAGAAUUAUGCAGAGUGGCUGCGGGAAGUCAAGGAGAAGGGCUCUGAGCUGCUAAAGAAACCACCUGCCUCCCUGGAGCCCUCCUUAGACAUAGUCUCCAAGCUGAGGGAAGCUGAGGAGACCCAGAACACCUUGCAGGCCGAGUGUGACCAGUACCGCACUAUCCUGGCGGAGACGGAGGGAAUGCUCAAAGACCUGCAGAAGAGCGUGGAAGAGGAGGAGCGUGUGUGGAAGGCCAGGGUGGGAGCUGCUGAAGAGGAGCUCCAGAAGUCACGGGUCACAGUGAAACAUCUGGAAGACACUGUGGAGAAGCUAAAAGUGGAACUUGAAAGCUCAGAUCAGGUGAGGGAGCACACUUCAUUUUUGGAAGCAGAGCUGGAGAAACACAUGGCAGCUGCCAGUGCAGAGUGCCAGAACUACGCCAAGGAGGUGGCAGGGUUGAGGCAGCUUCUCUUAGACUCUCAGUCUCAGCUGGAUGAAGCCAAGAAUGAAGCCCAGAAGCAAAGCAGUGAGCUUGCCCUGGUCAGGCAGCAGUUGAGUGACAUGAAGAACCACGUAGAGGAUAGUGACGUGCCUGGGUCUCCAGCUGUCCCUCCAGCCGAGCAGGACCCUGUGAAGCUAAAAACACAGCUGGAGCGGACAGAGGCCAUCCUGGAGGAUGAACAGACGCGGCGGCAGAAGCUCACAGCUGAGUUUGAGGAGGCUCAGAGCACAGCGUGCCGGCUACAAGAAGAGCUGGAGAAACUCCGCGCCGCUGGCCCCCUGGAGUCUUCAGGAACAGAAGAGGUGACACAGCUGAAGGAGAGACUAGAAAAAGAGAAGAGGUUAACAAGUGACCUGGGGCGCGCUGCCACCAAACUCCAGGAGCUUUUGAAGGCGACCCAGGAGCAGCUGACAAAAGAGAAGGACACAGUGAAGACGUUGCAAAAACGGCUGGAAAAAGCAGAGGACGGUAGCAGCUCAAAGGAGGGAACCUCUGUCUGAGUCUCCUCGGCAAACUGUUCAACUUACCAAAAUGCCUUACACAUUCCUUACAAAUAAACCAACCAACAUGGCGUUAUCCAGGCCCAACUUCCAGUGAAGCCAUUGGAGACAAGUCUCAGAACCACAGAAAUAAACCUUCCAGACCCCCAGACUGUAAAAGACCCAAUGUCACAUUUGAUAAACACUAUUCCUGCGAGCAGCCCUGGACCACCUCAAGCAGACGCCAAAGCCCUCAUUCAACGCUCACAGACCAGGGUGUGCUGGGAGUCCAGGAAGCUCGGGACUUAUGUCAAUCAGUGCAAUUGUCUGUAUUUCUCAGUGGGGCCGGGUCGGGAAGCAACAGGCCACGUGGUGAGCUCUCAGAGGCUGCUGAGCAGACUGGAGGGCCUCAGCCCAGCCCAGCAAGGCUGCAGCCCCCUCACCCCUGGAAGUUGCCAAGCAGAACUGACAUGUGACUGCCUGGAUGUCAAUGCCAUUAAAACCAACGUGUUGCCCGGCACUGGGUCUGAGUUUAUGUGAAAAGUAGUCACAGUAGGGUGUGACCCACCAGGAGAGUGGCUCUGAGCAGCAACUGGCUCCUGUGCCAGCCUUCUUCCAGGCAGC